CUGUCCUGUAAUCAGCGCGAGCAGCGCCCUGUCACUUAGCGCACGUAGAAGUGUCUGGUGGACUACCGUCUCAUAGCGGUAGGGAGUAGCAGAGAGGAGUUGUAUAAAUAGAAUAUUAUUGUGUUUGUACUUUUUCAAUCAAAUUCCUAGUUUAUUUGGUUAUGAAUUCUCAGUUGUGUGUCAUUUUGUAUCAUAUUUUAUUUCCAGCCACAUCAGAAAUUCUACUUUCCAAAUCCUAAAUAUUGUUACAAAUUAAUUAAAAUAUUUUUAUAUCCACACGAGAACAUGUUGAGUCAUUCAGUCAGUUGCUUGUGGCCGCGAAAUAAGACAACGUAUCAAAACUGACAUCGGAUCAGUUCGCCGGCCCCUUUCGCCCCGCCCACUAGGGAAAUGCGUCACUGCGUCGCCGGCGACGUGGCUGCUGAGAAGCUCUUCCCGGUUGUUGUCCUUGGUUGUUGCACCAAGCACCUCCGGGUUCCUUCAGUCAUUCAUCUUCCAUUGUAGAAUAAUAAAAUCCGGGCUAGCAACAAAGUCGAGCAGUUUUUCGGUUUGUGUUUUGAUGACCGGUUGAAACGGACCGCUGCAAACAUGGAGACGUACGGCAACUCGAACAAGAAACCGAAGCUAGGCAACGCUGCCGAAAACUGGGGAAUGCAACGUGCAACCAAUGUCACCUAUCAAGCUCAUCAUGUUAGCCGAAACAAGCGUGGGCAGGUUGUGGGCACAAGAGGAGGGUUCAGAGGAUGCACCGUUUGGCUGAGUGGUUUGUCGGGCGCAGGAAAGACUACAGUGAGCAUGGCUCUGGAGGAGUACCUGGUGUGCCACGGCAUCCCCUGCUACACACUGGAUGGGGACAACAUCCGUCAGGGGCUGAACAAAAACCUAGGCUUCAGCCCAGAGGACCGUGAAGAGAACAUCAGGCGCAUUGCUGAGGUGGCUCGGCUUUUUGCUGAUGCUGGGCUGGUCUGCAUCGCCAGCUUUAUCUCUCCCUACAGCAGGGAUCGCCUUAAUGCUCGGAAGAUCCAUGAGGCUGCAGGGCUUCCUUUCUUUGAGGUGUUUGUGGACGCUCCACUGGAUGUCUGUGAGAAGAGGGACGUAAAAGGGCUGUACAAGAGAGCCAGAGCGGGAGAGAUACGAGGUUUCACUGGGAUUGACUCAGAGUACGAGAAGCCAGAAGCCCCAGAGCUGGUGCUGAAGACUGACUCUUGCAGUGUGAAUGAGUCCAUACAGCAGCUUGUUGACCUGCUUCAAGAGAGGGAUAUAGUUCCCAUUGAUGGUUCUUAUGAAGUUAAAGAGCUGUACGUUCAAGAGAAUAAACUGGACCUGGCUAAGGCUGAUGCUGAGACUCUGCCUGCAGUGCAGAUUGGGAAGGUGGACAUGCAGUGGGUGCAGGUGCUGGCUGAAGGCUGGGCCACUCCUCUGAAUGGCUUUAUGAGAGAAAGAGAGUAUUUGCAGUGUCUUCAUUUUGACUGUCUGCUUGAUGGUGGCGUCAUCAACCUGUCGGUGCCCGUGGUGCUGCCGAUCUCUACUACCGAUAAGGAGCGUUUAGACGGCGUGACCGCUGUGGCUCUAGUCUACAACGGCAAACGAGUAGCCAUCCUCCGCAACCCCGAGUUUUACGAACACCGCAAAGAAGAGCGGUGUGCUCGUCAGUGGGGCACCACCUGCAAAGACCACCCUUACAUCAAGAUGGUGAUGGAAAGUGGGGACUGGCUGGUCGGGGGAGACCUGCAGGUUCUGGACAAGAUCUACUGGAACGAUGAACUGGAUCAGUACCGACUGACACCCACCGAGCUCAAACAGAAGUUCAAAGAAAUGAAUGCUGAUGCUGUAUUUGCCUUCCAGCUCCGCAACCCAGUCCACAACGGCCACGCCCUCCUGAUGCAGGACACUCACAAGCGCCUCAUCGAGCGGGGCUACCGCCGGCCCGUCCUGCUGCCCCCGCUGGGAGGGUGGACCAAGGACGACGACGUGCCGCUGCCCUGGCGAAUGAAGCAGCACACCGCCGUGCUGGAGGAGGGCAUCCUCAAUCCAGAGUCUACUAUCGUGGCCAUCUUUCCAUCGCCCAUGAUGUAUGCUGGGCCGACAGAGGUUCAGUGGCAUUGCAGAGCCCGAAUGGUGGCUGGAGCCAACUUCUACAUCGUGGGCCGUGACCCUGCAGGCAUGCCCCACCCUGACACGGGGAAAGAUCUGUACGAGCCCACUCAUGGCGCCAAGGUCCUCACCAUGGCACCAGGCCUCAUCACCCUGGAGAUCGUACCCUUUAAGGUCGCAGCUUACAACAAGGUCAAAAGAGCAAUGGAUUUUUAUGACGCCCAAAACCAUCAAGAUUAUGACUUCAUCUCAGGCACACGUAUGCGUAAGAUGGCUCGCGAGGGACAGAAUCCGCCUGACGGCUUCAUGGCCCCGAAGGCUUGGGCCGUGCUGAAGGAAUACUAUAAAUCACUGGAGAAGGCCUAAAGGUUCUCAGACGACACAAACAUGGAAGGACGUUGAAGUCUUAACAGGAUGGAUGUGGGACCACUCGUCUACUGUCACAAAACCCCGUUUUGGCUUCUGUCUGUGUCACUCUCACCCUCGACUGCUCCCGGUCUCAGUUGCUGUUUUUCUUAUGACAUCAGAGUGAGUUUGGUUAAACUAAGUGUAACUAAACUUGAUGUAUUUUUUUGUUUGGAAAAAAAAAACCUCUUUUGAUUUGAAAUUAUAGUAGAAGAAGUCUGCAUCCUAAAGAACAAACAAAGAAGUUCUUUAAAUAGAUGUUUGUGUUUCUCACUAACUUUAUAACUAUGUUCAAUUAACUAACAUUUUAAAGAUCAAGACUUUCAAUCACCCAUAUUGAAAGUACUGUUGACCAGUAUUUAAGUAGGCGUGGAUGUAUGUUCAGUAUUUGUGGUGUCCAAAUCUAUGAAGUCACUGCCCACUCAACUCCUUAAUGAAAGCCCAAAAAGUUGCUGUGUACUUUAUGGGUUUUUGGGUGAGGGUUAAGUGCCGAUGGUAAUUGCGCAAAAAUGUGUGUGCCCGAUUUCUUUCUGUAAAAUUGGAUGCCUUGGUUCUUGGAAAGUGAAGUCACAUGAUGUCUUGUUUGAAUUAGGACGCACACUGAAACACACAAUCACACCUGCUUCUUGUCUCACUCUUUGUUACGCUGUCUGAUAAGGUCCCGUAGUUGAAGAAGUUUGGAUAUACAGCCGAAACUUUCGUAAACGUCUACGAAAGAUUUCUAUUUAGUCUAUUUAUUCUGUCCUAACAUUGUUCUUUUUAUUCUCUUUAUAACGGUGUGGUUUAUGUAGCUUCGGUGCUUUUAACUUGUCUUAUCAUCAAUAUUGAUAUUUUGUUACAUUGUCGUCCCCUUUCUUUUUUUUUCCCUCUCAUGCGUUGCUAAUAUAUUCCUCGCGGCAAUUCAUUUCUACGUGUCGGCCUGCAUUGUCAGACAGUUAAUAGUUCCAUCAAGGGAUCAGAUUUGUAAUGGUUCUUGUUCAAUAAAUAAAUAAUUUUAUAUCAAGAAGAA